ACACCAAUUUACGUGAUGCUUAUAAACGCCUCAGGAGCCUUACGGAACCACGUUAGGACGCGACUCUGCUGUCAGCGGCGGCUCUGUGACCGUUUUCCGUCGUCGGUAAGCCCAGAAGUCCCAGCUUGAUCUGUGGUGUCCUGGAGCAGGGUCAUGGCUCUGAAGCUGAUCAAGAGAUUACCGGUGCUCGGGAAGUUUGGGUGUCGUUACCCUCCUGUUGGACCCAUCAGCAGGGCGGCUCGACCUUUAUGUGUAGCCUGCUUGUACACCUCAGCAGGAGGCUGCGUCUGGACACAAGGCUGCUGGAAAUUCCAGCAGGACUGUGGGAGAAGGAGCCUGACCACGACCAUCAUUAAGGAGCCGUUCUUCGUGGCUUCCAGCUCCGUUGGACUCCACAGAGACUCUGGGCCUCGGUUCCGUCUGACCCAGCUGCACAGACCCACGGAUGCUGAGGAGGAGGCUUUCCAGCAGCGUCUAGGGACCUGCUCCUCAACCAGGCAGGUGUUCUCACUGCUGCGAUCAGUAGAGAUCAUGUCUGACACCAUGGCUGCAGCAGCACUUCACCGCAUCGCAGACCUGGAGCAGGAUGGAAACUCUCUGAAGGAUCCUUCAGUGCUCGAGAAUGACACCAUCAGAGCUCUUUGCUUUCAGCUGGAGCAGGACUCUCGGCGGCUGACGGAUGCUGGUGUGGUGUCAGCUCUACUGGCGUGCACACGCCUUUUCUUGGAUCCUUGGAGCACGCUGAUGGUUCGGCUGGUGUCUGAGAGCCAGGAGAGGUUAGACAGAGGGGAGAUGAAAGUAGGGCAGCUGUGUACUCUGGGCCAAGCAAUGUGGGCUAUGGAGGGGCCUGGCUGUGUAAUGCUUGAGCAAGUGAUGGAGCAAAUCCAGAAGGAGAAACCAGCCCAGUGGAGUCUAGCAGAUCUCCUUGCUGUGUAUAGAUUUUUACAAGGUGGCGUGGCUGAAGAUGGAAAAUACAGGGACUUGUUAAACGCGAUGCACACUCAUGCUAUGACUGUCACCUCCCGCAUGGAUCCUGGUUCUGUCAGCGGGCUGCUCAGAGCUCUUGUGACCUUGAACCAGACUCAGGCCAUGCCUCUUGUUAUCAACCUUUGCAAGCAGGCAGUGCGGCAUGUGCCUCACUUCACUGAUGAGGAGCUCACUGUUGUUCUUGAUGCUCUUAUGCACUUUGGUCACAGUGAUCAUUACUUUGUGGAGGCAAUGGAGAGGUAUGUGCCCUCGAUGGUCUUCAGCUCCAACCCAGAGACUGUAACCAAAGUGGGUCAGUUCUUCAGCUGGAGGAACAUCCUCUCCCCGAUAGUGUUUGACGCUAUUGCAGAGAGUUUCGUCUACCGGGCAGACGACUACAGCACUAGCCAGGUGGCAAGGCAGAUCAGGGCUCUGGGGAAGCUUGGCUACCUUUCACCCAAUGCUGGCGAUGUAUUCAGGAAAGUGGAGAAGAUCUUACACUCACGCUUUUCACACUUUCAGCCUCGGAUGCUGCUCAACCUGCUGCACUCCUGCAUCUUGGUGGAGAGGUUUCCUGUGAACUUUGUCUCCAAAGUUUUCAGCAGCUACUUCCUCCAGCAACUGCAAGAUCAGGGCACAGGAAUGGACCGAUUUGUCCUGGCACAGCUGACUCAGCUCUACAUGACCUUGAAGCUGGAGUGUCCUUUCUAUGAGGGUCCCAGACUCCUCCCCAAGUACCAUGUCAAGUCUUUCCUCACACCUGGACGGUCUCUGGAGACCCCAGUGGACACACAGCUGUACAAUGCUGUGAAAACUGGACUGGUGUAUUUGCUCGGAGCUCGUUCAUACUUUGGAUCUAAAGUUCUGACGCCGUACUGCUACACGCUCGAUGUGGAGAUAAAACUGGAUGAAGAGGGAUAUGUGCUACCUGCCAGUCAGAGUGAUGAUGUUUACAAAAGGAUUGCUAUUUGUAUCGAUGGACAAACGCGAUUCACAAAAAACAAGAGGCAGUUACUCGGAAAAGAGGCCAUCAAGCAGCGUCACCUGAGGCUUCUGGGAUAUGAAGUUGUUCAGAUUCCUUACUAUGAAUUUGAAGCAUUGUCAAACAAAAGCCGCAUUGUGGAUUAUCUGCAUCAGAAAAUCUUCCCUCACACCUACAGGCUGAGCUGGUGAAGUUACAAAUGUGCCACCGUUACUUUUGUGUCUUAAAGACAUGCAUAUUUAUUUUUCUAGUCCCAGGUAUUACCAAAUGAAUGUCUAAGUUAUUGAUUAUACACUUUGACCUGUUUAACUUGACAAUAAAGCAACUUUUGUACAAACAA